CAACUUUUAGGUAAUUAAAAAGAUCGAUCUGUUUUGAACUUUGAGAUUUAGGAUAUAUCAAAAGCAAAAAUGGGAGGUGGUGGUAAUUCUAUGUAUAAUCCAACAACUAAAAAUCGAGUUCCAAGUUCAAAGCCCCCUUUUACAAUUGGUGAUAUCAAGAAGGCUAUCCCUCCUCAUUGCUUUCAACGCUCUCUCGUUCGCUCCUCUUCCUAUCUUAUUUACGAUCUCAUACUUGUCUUCAUUUUCUAUUACAUCGCCUCCACUUACUUCCACGUCCUUCCAAAACCGUAUUAUUCAUACCUAGCAUGGCCUAUUUAUUGGAUCGUUCAAGGAUGUGUUUGCACCGCACUAUGGGUCAUUGCCCAUGAAUGUGGCCACCAAUCCUUUAGUGAUUACCAAUGGAUAAAUGACACUAUCGGUUUUAUCCUCCACUCUUCACUUUUAACACCAUACUUCUCAUGGAAAUAUAGUCAUCGUCGUCAUCACUCCAAUACUAAUUCCCUUGAGCAUGAUGAAAAUCAUGUGCCCAAACUUGAAGUCAAACUAAAAUGGUACACUAAAUUAUACGUGAAUAAUCCGCUUGGACGAUUAUUAUUAAUUGUCUUCACACUCACUGCUGGCUUACCUUUAUACUAUGCCAUCAAUAUAGCCGGUAGACCUUAUGAUCGUUUUGCAAGUCAUUUUGAUCCAUAUAGCCCUAUUUACAAUGACCGUGAGAGAAUACAAAUUUACAUCUCAGAUGCAGGUGUGAUUGCAACUAUUUAUUUAUUAUAUCGCGUUGCUCUAACACAAGGCCUAACUUGGGUUAUAUGCAUCUAUGGAGUACCCCUUGUAAUUGUGAAUGGAUUCAUAGUGUUAAUAACUUUACUACAUCACACUCAUGCUUCAUUGCCACAUUAUGAUUCAUCAGAGUGGAGUUGGCUAAAAGGAGCUCUAGCUACGGUAGAUAGAGACUAUGGUGUUCUAAAUAAAGUGUUUCAUCAUAUCGUAGAUACACACGUUCUACAUCAUCUAUUUUCAAGUAUACCACAUUAUCAUGCUGUCGAGGCAACCAAGGCCAUCAAGCCGUUACUAGGAGAAUACUACCAAUUUGAUGCAACUCCAUUUUACAAAGCAAUAUGGAGGGAUUUUAAUGAGUGUCAAUAUGUGGAGAAAGAUGAAGCAUCUCAACAUCAGGGUAUUUUCUGGUAUACAAAUUACAACACAUAAUAUUCAUUCCUUAACAAUAACUGGCUAAAUGUGUUAGCCAAUUCAUGAGUUGUUGUUAUUAGUAUUUUGGAUUGUGUGUUCUCAUAAUAAUAAUAUUGUUACUUCAUUUUUAUUGUAGAAACAUUGUUAAGUAAUUGGAAAUA